GCGGAUCAUCUUACUGCGCCUUCCCAACCGCGCGGGGCUGAUGGCGUCGCUUAAUGACGUCACGGUCUUUGACAGCGUGAGGCGGCGGCGGCUGCUGCCAUGGUGGUGAGGUGCCCGGUGCAUCAUGUCUAGACUGGGGGCCUUGGGUGGCACCCGUUCCGGGCUGGGACUGUUGCUGGGCACCGCCGCGGGCGUUGGAUUCCUGUGUGCCCUUUACAGCCAGCGGUGGAAACGGACCCGGCACCAUGGCCAGAGCCAGCCCCUUCCCAACUCCCUGGACUACACGCAGACUUCAGAGCCCGGACGCCAGGUGAGGCCGUUGCGGGCGGUCCCAGGUGAGGCUGGAGAUGCUGCGGUGCUGUCCAGCCUUCCACGAGAGGGCCAGGAGGUGGUGCUGGACCGCCUGGACUUCGUGCUGACCAGUCUGGUGGCGCUGCGGCGGGAGGUAGAGGAGCUGAGGAACAGCCUGCAGGGGCUCGCGGGGCAGAUCGUUGGGGAGGUCCGAUCCCACCUGGAAGAGAACCAGAGAGUGGCUCGGCGACGAAGGUUCCCGUUUGCUCGGGAGAGGAGUGACUCCACUGGCUCCAGCUCUGUCUACUUCACGGCUACCUCGGGAGCCACGUUCACAGAUGCUGAGAGCGAAGGGGGUUACACCACAGCCAACGCCGAGUCUGACUACGAGCGGGACUCUGACGAGAGUGAAGCUGGGGCAGAAGAAGUGAGCUGUGAGACUGUGAAGAUGGGAAGAGAGGAUUCCAUGGACCUGGAGGCAGAGGUGGCUUCGGGCCCGGUGCCCAGAGCCCUGGAGGCUGAAGACGCCCCUGGCCUGGAGGACGUGCUGCCCCUCCUGCGGCAGGCGGACGAGCUGCACCAGGGCAACAAGCAGAACAAGCAGGAGGGCUUCCAGCUGCUGCUCAACAACAAGCUCGCGUAUGGAAGUCGGCAGGACUUUCUCUGGCGCCUGGCCCGGGCCUACAGUGACAUGUGUGAGCUCACUGAGGAGGCGAGCGAGAAGAAGUCAUAUGCUCUGAAUGGAAAAGAGGAAGCGGAGGCUGCUCUGAAGAAGGGGGAUGACAGUGCUGAAUGUCACCAAUGGUAUGCCGUGCUUUGUGGUCAGCUGGCUGAGCAUGAGGGCAUCCAGAGGCGCAUCCAGAGUGGCUUUAGCUUCAAGGAGCAUGUGGACAAAGCCCUUGCUCUUCAGCCAGAAAACCCCAUGGCUCACUUUCUCCUUGGCAGGUGGUGCUACCAGGUCGCUCACCUGAGCUGGCUAGAAAGAAAAACUGCCACAGCCUUGUUUGAAAGCCCUCUCAGUGCUACAGUGCAGGAUGCCCUCCACAGCUUCCUAAAGGCUGAAGAACUACAGCCAGGAUUUUCCAAAGCAGGAAGGGUAUAUAUUUCCAAGUGCUACAGAGAACUAGGAAAAAACUCUGAAGCUAGACAGUGGGUGAAGCUGGCCCUGGAACUGCCAGAUGUCACUAAUGAGGAUUCCGCUUUCCAGAAGGACCUGGAAGAAUUGGAAGUAAUUUUAGGAGACUAAUCACAUUUCCAUGAGCUUCAUGACUUGAGAAAUACCACUACUUAUUAAGGGGGA